CUGCAGGCGAUCUGCAAGCAGCAUACGAUCACCUCCUCGCUGCAGUGGCCGAGUCUCGUGACCAACAUGUACAUACGCACAUGCAGGCAUGUAGCAUGAACAGGUAGGGAGGCACUGCAGGGGCAGGCAGACAGACCUGCAAUGUCGGGACGGCAGACCGGAACGUGUAGGAUAGAUAGAUGCCCCCUCUCAAUACACGCCAUCAGACGAAUGACUGACUGCCCCUCGCACUCAGACUGAGGUGGGAAUCCACCCUCGAGGGGCCUCAGUGGUGUUCGUACCGAGCUGCCUGCCUACACGCACACACCGUCUACACCCCCAGUCAGUGCAAAUUGGUCUGCCCAUUACAAGCAUGAUCGGCUGGAAACGAGAGAAUGGUUUAACGGUCAUGUCCCAGGUGGCCAUCGGCCUAGUCCCAUUGUCUUCCAUACACGUGCAACGGGAACCCACGCACGCUCCACAUGCACAAAGGUACUCAGGGGGCACACUCACGAGAUCUUCAAAGCAAGACCCACAGCCGUCCGCGAUACCUGGUCGUUUGCAGGACUGUCGCUGUAGAUCUGGCCGAGUCGCUCCUGAUAUGCACUUCCCUGGGCCUCUCCCAUGCCACAAAGCCGUCCCUCUUCGGCGCCGGGAGCUCCAUCCGCUACACGAAGGUCAGUUGCAGGAUGGCAACCUCUCGACUUUGUUCAAAAGACAGCCCUGUUCGGGUGCGCGUCGUCGGCAGAUCCCGCCGCGCCUCGAUUCGAGGACGCGCAGGAACGAGUGACAUCGUCACUUCAUGCCAAGUGCGCAGCGGAUUCACGGAAGCCCUAGGUGGCCCAACGGCCUGGUUCCUUGUUGUCCCACAUGGAACAUGCAGCACGAAACAGGCAACAUGCAACGUGCAACACGCAACACGCACAUGCAAGAGGGCAGAAGCAGUAGGCGGGUAGAUCUACAAAUGGCAACAUAUAUGACAGACACGCAACAUCGCACGCACGUCACCCCGGCGGACGGCCUGUGUGGGGUGGCCAUCUGGCUCUUGAAAAACCCCAGUGACGUGCGCUUCACGCUACGGCCCCACACGUGUAUGGCGUGCAA